AUGACCCCAUCACAAGUCGAGAUGAACCCGGAGGAGCACAAGCAGGCUGUGCUGGAAAGGCAGUUGAAUGGCCUCCCUAGUGACGACAGAGGAAGGUCGAAAAUAGCUACCUAUGCAACAAAGCUCGACAGGACCAUCCUUUGCAUCAGUUCCGCCUGCGCGAUUAUUGCAGGUGCCUUGAACCCGCUUGUUCCCGUUAUAUAUGGCCUCCUCGUGGGUGUUUUUAACGGUUUCGCUACGGGGUCCGUGGAUGCUGCCGAGCUGCGGUCGAAAAUCUCAACGUUCAGCCUAUACUAUGUGUAUCUUAGCAUCGGCCUUUUCGUCUUUACAUACCUGGCCACUGUUGGAUUCUAUUACAGCGGGGAGCGGAUCACUAGGGCCUUUCGAAUCGCGUACCUGUCUGCUAUAUUACGUCAGAACAUGGCUUUUUUUGAUAUUCUGCGUCCUGGCGAGAUCUCGAACCGGAUCAUGUCCGAUAUGGGCAUCCUCCAGGAAGCUAUAACAAGUAAAGCUUCGACUAUGUUGAGCGCAAUAGCCACAUUUUGUGCAGCUUUCAUUAUUGCCUUUGUCAUGUACUGGAAAACUGCUCUGAUAUUAACUCCAUUUUUUGUCGCCAUGCUCCUGAUGUUCUCCGUCGGCGGCGCAUAUACUGUCAAGCAUCAAAAGCAAUCUCGGGAAAAGUACAGUUACGCAGCCGGUAUCCCUGAAGAAGCUUUCGGUGCUAUCAGACAGGUAGCGGCCUUCGGGAUGCAGAAUUUCUUGCGAGAACGGUACUCUCUAAGCUUAGGUCAAGCUGCACGAGCAGAAAGAAAAGCCCAGAAUAUGGUGGCGGGUCUCGUGGCGUCAAUGAACGCCAUGCCAUGCCUUAUCUAUGCGCUCUCGUUCUGGGCAGGUUCAAUCUUCCUGGUAAAAGGCGAGAUGUCUGUGACUGAUAUCACAACUACUACACUGGCUGUAACAAUUGGCGUGUUUGCCAUUAUUAGAAUCGCACCAUCCCUGCAAGCGCUGACUUCCGGGAUCGCUAUUACCGAGUCACUCCUAGAGACUAUUGCUAGAAGGUCUCCACAAGAUCCUUUGGUAGCAGAUGGUGACAAGUUAACUAGUGUUGAGGGCGACAUCCUGUUCGAUCAUGUGGAUCUUGUCUAUCCAUCAAGAAGCCAAGCCAAAGUGUUGGACCAUGUCACUUUGAAAUUCGCCGCGGACAAGAAGACGGCCAUAGUUGGUCCUUCUGGGGGAGCUAUUGAUGGACAAGAUAUCCAAACCCUCAACCUGCGCUGGCUCAGGCAGCAGAUAGGUCUCGUCGAUCAGGAUCCGAUCCUCCUCGACGUUUCCAUACUUGACAAUAUCUAUUACGGAUGCUCUAAUGUGAAUGAUGCAGCCUCGGAAAGCGCGCGGCUCGAGAAAGUCGUCGAUGCUGCCAAGAAGGCGUAUGCACAUGACUUUAUCAUGGCAUUACCUGAAGGCUACCAGACCCGAGUAGGCGAAAAGGGGCUCCAGCUCUCAGGGGGUCAACGACAGAGGAUUGCGAUUGCCCGUGCUCUUGUUCGAGACCCAAAAAUUCUUCUUCUGGAUGAAGCAACCUCCGCGUUGGACACAUCGUCUGAAAAAGGUGUACAAGCAGCUAUAGACGCCGCAGCAGAGCAGCGUACAACAAUUAUUAUUGCUCACAGGUUAUCCACCAUUAGGAAUGCUGACUCAAUUGUUGUACUCGCUCAAGGCAAAGUUGUGGACCAAGGGACUCACAUCGAGCUGAUGGCUCGAAAUGGUUUAUAUGCUGACCUGAUCGAGAAGCAACAGAUUAAAGAAAAUGGUCAAGAUGCAUCAAGCUCGUUGCACUCGGGUGAUGACGAGGGCAUUAUAAUGCUGAAUGAUACUCCGGAUCAUGAUUUCAAUUCGGACGAUGAAAAGAACGGCGCAUCUUUUACUUGCCGUGUUGUGGAGAAGCCCAAGGACACUUCCUACAACCCAAGCGCCAAAGGGGCAUUGUCAUUCAUUUUCUUCAUGAGUAGGCCCGACUGGAAACUCCUGCUAAUUGGCCUUGCAUGUGCAAUACUUGCAGGGUUGGAAAUCCCAGUGUGA